AGGGUGGUUUAAGAGAAUAUUCUGACUACACUCUGUGGAGGAUGAAGGUCUGCAUAUGUGUUGGAUGGGCCACACAAAGGCAUUAUGUAGUGGCAGCUUUUUAAUUUCAUCUUUCUAUUUUGGAGCAGGGCCAUUCUAAUGCUCCUAUUUGUGCCGCCAAACCCCAGGAAGUUGUUUGGAUUCACACACACAGACGCACGUACACACGCACUUAAUCAGGCAUCACGCAAGCAAUGAGGACGGAUCCAACUGUGACCGACCACAUGAACCACACAUCCACCACUGUGGCGGUUUGAACCAUGGACGCGCGGUUUGGAAACUUCUUUUGGUUGGUUCGGUGUUUGAGGUCAGGGUGAGCGGUGCGCGGCGCAACAGAUGCCGCACCGAGAAAUAAGCCUUUAAUACCCGGAGGACUCGGCAAAGGGUAACUACACUGCGACUGACAAUACAGACUUAAGUGGAACCCCUCACGCAACUCCUCUGUGUCUCGGGUGGUGUGGUGUCCUGUCGCGUCGCAGCUCCUUGGAAGACAUCUCACUUUUACGCACAGAAAAACGGCGACGAGAACAGCUUGAAUUGUUGCUUAAAACCGCAUCCUGGGAUUUGUCCGGCUGCUGUAGAGGGGAGAACACUGUCCCAUGGCACAGUUGUCCAUGUGUUUUGUACCGGUGUCAGGUGAAUGAGCGUUUAAAGCGGUCUGCGCAACUUGGAUACAACUAGAGAAGCGCCUUACGCACCAUGCCGCCCAAGAAAAAGGGAGAGCGUCAGGACUCGGAUGUUGUUGAAGAAAGAAACGCCCAGGUGCAGUUGGAGAAGGCCAAGUACAAGCCUGUCGCAUUCGCCGUACGUUGCAACUUCUCUUACACGCCAGCGGACGACGACAACGUCCCCGUGCCGGGCCAGGCUGUCACCUUUGAGGCCAGAGACUUCCUCCAUGUCAAAGAGAAGUUCAACAACGACUGGUGGAUUGGACGGCCGGUGAAGGAGGAUGGUGUGGUGGGCUUCAUCCCCAGUCCAGUCAAUCUGGAAACCAUUCUCAUCAGAAGAGAGGUCCAGGCGAGGAAAGCUGCCAAGGCCUUAGCCAAUAAAGCUGCGAGUCAAACAGCUCAAGAUAUGAACUCAAAGAAGUAUACCCCUCCUUCACAAGCGACACAGCAGGUGAAAAAGAAACCGGGGGAGCAGGUGGCCAUGUAUGAUGUAGUGCCUACAAUGCGUCCAGUGGUUCUAAUGGGACCAUCACUGAAGGGCUUAGAGGUUACAGAUAUGAUGCAAAAAGCGCUAUUUGACUUUUUAAAACAUAGAUUUGAAGGCAGAAUUACUAUUACCCGGGUCACGGCGGACAUCUCACUGGCUAAAAAAUCCAUCCUCAACAACCCUGGGAAAAAGGCCUUAAUUGACCGGUCCAAUACUCGAUCCAAUUUAGAUGCUGCCGCCCAGAUCCAGGGAGAGGUGGAGCGUAUCUUUGAGUUGGCCCGCAGCCUGCAGUUGGUGAUUUUAGAUGCAGACACAGUCAACCACCCUCUCCAGGUGUCCAAGACCUCCCUAGCUCCCAUCCUUGUCUAUGUCAAGAUCUCCUCACCCAAGGUGUUGACCAGGUUGAUCAAGACCAGAGGGAAGUCUCAGACCAAACAUCUCAAUGUUCAGUUAGUGGCAGCAGACAAGCUCGCCCAAUGUCCACCGGAAAUGUUUGACGUCAUACUAGAUGAGAACCAACUGACAGAUGCUUGUGAGCACAUAGCUGACUACCUGGAGUCUUACUGGAGAGCCACUCAUCCUCCAGAGAUGGAGCCUGCCAACGCCCUGGUGGCCCAGCUGGCCGAAAACACACUGCCCACCAGUCCUUCAGCAAUACCGGAUGAGCAGAAAAACAAGAAAUCUGCAGCUGCGAAGAGGAAGGGUUCCCGGGAGAACCACCUGGACCAGGAGCCCCCUUCAGCCCCAGUGCAGGAGCAGAGAGCUGAGGAGGGCCAAAGAGAGGAGGAGGAGCGGCUCCUGAGGACUGAACCAAAGAGACCCCAGCACACCCACCACCAUCACCACCACCACCACCACCACCGGAGGACAGAGCACCACGGCCACACCCAGCACAGUCAAACAUCGGGUGGAGCUGACGUGGUGCUGUCAAGCAGGGAUUACAGCCAGAGGCUUCCCCGCAGGCACCCGCCCGAGGAGAGGGAGGAGGAGCUGGAGGACGUGGAGGAGGAAGAGGAGGAGAUUCACUACAACCAACGGGGCCAUAACCACCAUCACCAUAACAGCAACCAUCACCACCACCACCACCACCAACAUCACCGUGGAAACAGCCAGCCGCAUGUCGGAGAAGACUAUGAGCAGGAGCACAAUGAACGCAAUCGGCAGCACAGGCAUCACCAGCAUGUUCCCACACGGACACAGCACACAGACCAGUACCCUGUACACAACCACCACAGCUACCACCACUACCACGGCAGAGACAGGGACCGGGACAGAGAUAGAGACCGGGACCGGGACAGAGACCGGGACAGAGAAAGAUACAAGGACAGAGAAAGGGAUCGAGGUCGAGACAGAGAUGGACGACAAUGGCACAGGGAUUCCUACAUCCACUCAUGACUCUUGUUUCUCCAGUGGGUUGAUGCGUGCUCUUAUGCUGCUCAAGUUUUAAUGCACUAACAGAUGGACAGAGUUUAUGAACAGUUCUUCUCCACAUAUCAUUUGCCAUUUUUUUACUCAUACCCUCUGCCACACACAUGCACAAGCUUUUACUUCCAUUAACUUGUUUAAUAAAAAAUCUAAAUUAUUCAUGGAUGAUAUGUUUUUGAUUGUUUUUGCACAAACAUUAACAAGUCAGUGGGCAACAUCCACAACUUUGAUUUUUUUAAAUUUUUUUUUUUACAUUUUUCAUGCAAUUGUACUGAGACCAAAAACCAAAACGAGCUAAAAAUUUGUCCAUUAACUGUUUUUGAUGUGCUGUUGGUUGGACAAAAUAAUAAGCAAUAUUUGAUGUUUUCAACAUGUUACUCUAGAAUGAAAAUAAUGAUGUGUUGCAUCACAAAAAAACAACUCUACCAGGACAUAAAAGAUGCUGAUCUCAUCUGAAGAUCAUGGAAUAGAUGUGGGUUUUAGCUUUGGCACAUACACAUGCAUUUGAACUUUUUUUUUUUUCUACAAAGUUAAACAGUGAUGUUUUGUUUUGAACAAAUGGUCCAAAAACUGGGGGGGAACAAUUGAUUUGUAUGUUUCACUGUUGUGUCUCUACCCAAAUGUGUAUCCUCAAAAGUCAACAGUUUAUUUUACACAUUGAUAAGGAAAGUCAAACUAUUUUUAUACACUGAUUCUCAAAGGGAGUCUUACUUUGCUUCCUACUUUUUCUAAAUGGUGUAAAAGCAUAUUUACUGACUUGCAUUUGCUCUGAUUGGAAGCAUGACUACUCUUUCGGUGACACUGAUUUGUGCUAUAUGCUGGAUACUCUAUGCAUUCUCUUGUGAUAUAAUAUAUUGCUUGAAUACAAUCUCUAUGCAUUUGUACAUAUGUCAUAAUUGCCUUGUUAGUAAAAACAUAAGAACCAGAGAGCCUGCUGCACUGUUCGGUAGAACUUGACCCUCUGUGUAUGACUGCUUUGAGUUGAGACUAAAGUCAAUCUGUUCCUUUUACUAUGAUUUGUUUUGGUUAUUGUUUUUGUUUUGUACAGAAAUGAGAAGUUAAUUUUGGCAAUAUGCAUUCUAUUGUUGAAAACCAUUAAAAUAUAAACAGAAUGUGCA